AUGAAUCAACAGCAGCGGCUUAUCGACCAUAGCAGCAACUUCGGCAAGAACAGCCCUAAAAACUACAAAAGCAUGACGAAGCAGCGGCGAAUUGAAGCAAACGCACGCGAACGUUCUCGCGUUCAUACAAUUAGCGCGGCUUUUGACAACCUUCGCAGAGCCGUUCCAACCUACACGCAAAACCAACGUCUAUCGAAGCUAGCUAUUUUAAGAAUAGCUUGUAGCUAUAUUUUAGCUUUAGCCAAACUCGCCGAAAUUGAUACGCAAGCUUCGGCUAAAAAUUUGACGCUCGGUUGUUGCGUGGAUUUAGUCACGCGUACGAUACGUGAUGAAGGGAAGACCAAAAGGAGCAAAUAA